AUGGAUAUCGCUGUUCAGCCAUCGGUAUCGUGGAUGGAGAUGAACGCCUCCAUCGAGGACAGUGGACUGUUCUUCCCGGUUGACCCAGGGCCGCCAGCGAAAGUUGGAGGAAUGAUUGCAACAAAUUGCAGUGGCACAAAUGCUGUUCGCUACGGUACAAUGAAGGACUGGAUCGUCAACCUGACGGUGGUCCUGGCAGACGGGCGCAUCAUCAAGACGAGGAAACGACCGCGCAAGUCUUCAGCUGGCUACAACCUGAAUGGCCUGUUCACCGGAUCAGAAGGGACCCUCGGAUUUGUGACUGAAGCAACCCUGAAACUCGCCACAAUCCCAGAGCAAACAGGGGUUGCCGUAACGACAUUCUCGACGAUGAGGGAUGCCGCCACCGCAGCGAUUCAAGUAGUCCACGCAGGGAUACCGGUCGGGGCAGUGGAGAUCCUGGACGACGUUCAGAUGGACGUGGUGAACCAAAUGGGAGGAACUGGUCGGCAGUGGAAAGCAGCGCCCACGCUGUUUUUCAAAUUCAGCGGGAGCGGGUUGAGUGUCCAGGAUAACAUCGACGGGGUGCGUGCGAUUGUACUGCACAAUGGUGGUAGUAACUUUGAGGUUGAGCAGGACAAGGCAAAGCAGGAGGCACUCUGGUCUGCAAGAAAGCAGGCUCUCUGGAGUAUGAUGUGCAUGAGGGAGACCGGGAGCGAAGUCUGGUCGACAGACGUUGCAGUGCCCUUGUCCAGGGUGCCAGAACUGGUUGAAAUUUCGAAGCGCGACCUGGACGACUUAGGGCUGUUUGGCAGUAUGCUGGGCCACAUUGGCGACGGCAACUUCCACGAGACAAUCCUGUUUGAUGGAGACAGAGAGCGCGGGCUAGUGAGCAAGUGCGUGCACGACAUGGUCCGACGAGCAUUGGAGAUGGAAGGGACAUGCACAGGCGAACACGGCGUUGGGCUGGGAAAGAAGGAGUUCAUGGUAGACGAAGUGGGCGAGGGCUCGCUGCAGGUCAUGAAGACGGUCAAGACAGCGCUGGAUCCACACUGGCUGAUGAACCCGGGAAAGAUAUUCGAUCUGCAUAAUCCUGCCAGCCAUAAAUAG